AUGUACGUCUUAGCAUCUAUACUGUUUGCUGUCAUCAUAUGCGAAUCGUCGUCAACACCAUUGUUUAAGCGAAAUUUGGAACUCUUAGAUAUGAUGAAGACGCCACUUUUGAUGACAUAUCGAACAGAAGUCCCGGAAAAUCAACUCUACUACCUCACUCAACUUCACGACGUCCCAACGCACAACUACUUCCGGAGAGCCUCAUCCUUUCAACAUUUAAAUGAGUGA